AUGACUGUGAAAGGCUUAGAGCUGCAUUAUUCAUAUACUCUUUCCACACUAAAAGGGAUAGAUCUCUCCAAUAAUCAAUUAAAUGGACACGUUCCUUUUGAUUUUGGAAAGUUGAAGGGGUUAAGAUUUCUUAAUCUAUCAAUGAACAACCUCACUGGAGUUAUUCCACCCAGUUUUGGGGAAAUGAGUCAACUAGAAUCAUUGGACCUUUCUUCAAACAGAUUUUAUGGAAGUAUUCCUGCGGAGUUUCAAUCUCUAACCUCACUGGAAUGUUUAAAUUUGUCCAGCAACAACCUCUCAGGCAGCAUACCGCAAGGAGGACAGAUGAUCACAUUUGAAAACACAUCAUAUUCUGGAAAUCCAUAUUUGGAGGGAUGCCCACUUCCAAAGAAAUGUUCAUGGCCAAAAUUCGAUCCUCCCCUUCCUUCUGGGAAAGAUAUUCAAGGUGAAAAUGAAGAUUAA